CAGGAGAAGUCACUUACCAUCUGGACUAGCAGUGGAACAAGACAGGAGAACUGUGAGCUGCACCUGUCCCAUACAUAUACACACACACUCAGGGGAGAGAUCACACACAGCCUCUAUGUGUGGCUGGGACCAGAGCGUCCUGGCUGCUUCUCAUCACAGCUCGGCCAUGUUGACUACUGAGGGAGCACCCUACGCCGUGGACAAUGAGGAGCUCAAGAUGGAUGUAGAGGAUGUAGACAUGACAAAAUGGACGGAGGAAGAGUUUGAGGAGAAAUGCACGUACACCGUAAAAGAUCACACCUGGGAGGGUCCUCUAGAGAACACAGAACUCACCCGGGCCGAGGCGUCCUUACCCAGAAACCUGGCCUUCAAACACCCAGCAGACUCUAAAGAGGUUAUUGGUGUAGUAAGCAGAGAAUACAUCCCCAAAGGCACACGGUUUGGCCCCCUUGUGGGAGAAAGCUACACUGCAGAAAAUGUCCCCAAAGAUGCGAACAGGAAGUACUUCUGGCGGAUAUACUCAAAUGGAGAGUUCCAUCAUUUUGUGGACGGACUGGACGAGGAGAAGAGUAACUGGAUGCGUUAUGUGAAUCCAGCACAUUCCCAGCAGGAACAGAACCUUGCUGCCUGCCAAAACGGCAUGAACAUCUAUUUCUACACCGUGAAGGCCAUACCUGCAGAUCAGGAACUACUGGUGUGGUACUGCCCUGAGUUUGCCUGCCGUCUCAACUACCCUGCCUCUGGGGACAUCAUGAUGCAAAAACUCAAGCAGAGCCUGAUUGAAGCCACACAGCAAGUGACUGAAGUCAAGCACCCAGGGAAAAGAGAGCACAGCGUUUCAGAGAUUCUGAAAGACGUACUGCAAGAACCCAGCAGACCACUUCCCACCCGUCCCCGCUGCCCCAACAGCCCAGACCGACCUCUUUACCCCAGUGCUGUCUAUCCGCUCCGCCCUUCCCUAAGCGAAGACUUUUUAAAGGCUACCACAGUAUUUGGCCUCCCGAACCGCUCCCACAGACAGUGUUCAGUGACACCCAGCCCUUCAGCACACAGCAGUCUGGAGAGCAGUCCAGAAAGCAGUCCCACACCAGCAUCCCUUGAGCCAAGAGACACCUUUCUCUCCUUCUCUCCAGCACUCUACAGUCGUGGCCUGAACCACUACUCAGGCUACUCACCAGCAGGCUCCAUGCCAUUCUACCCUAACCCGCACUACUCACGCUACCUCAUGCCCCACUACCCUGUUAGUAGUCUGAGUGGGCCACCUACUUUGGGCGGUAUAUUUCCACACAUGUACCCCUUUUAUAGCAGAUUGGUACCCCCUCAUGUACCCUUCCCACCUGGCAUGCUUCCGUCCGAGGUUAGUCGACAAUUUCUGCUUCCACCUGACUCUCCGGCUCCCAGGGACAUCCUGCUCCCAGCGGCCACCAGUGCCUUUUCUGCAGCCACCUCUCUGAAAGACAAACCAGUCCAUGGGCAUGGGAACCCCUACGCUCCCGCUGGUGGGUCUCCACCAGCCGGCUCUGCAGCCUCUACCGGACAUGUUCCUACCAAGCCUACCUCAGCAAUCCUGAGUACCAGCCGCUCGGAGGAUAAGGCGAUCAAUCUAAGCAAGAUGAACCAAGGUUCCACAGGCUACAAAACUCUAGAUUACCCACUUAAGAAGCAGAACGGGAAGAUCAAGUAUGAGUGCAAUAUCUGCACCAAGACUUUUGGUCAACUUUCCAAUCUCAAGGUGCACCUGCGAGUCCAUAGCGGUGAACGACCCUUUAAGUGUCAGACCUGUAAUAAAGGUUUCACUCAGCUGGCCCACCUGCAGAAACACUAUUUGGUCCACACAGGAGAGAAACCCCAUGAGUGCCAAGUGUGUCACAAGCGUUUCAGCAGCACUAGCAACUUGAAGACCCAUUUGCGACUGCACUCUGGUGAAAAGCCCUACCAGUGCAAGAUCUGCCCAGCAAAGUUUACACAGUUUGUCCACCUCAAGCUGCACAAACGGCUACACACACGAGAACAUCCACACCAAUGCCCGCAUUGCCACCGCAACUACAUUCACCUUAGCAGCCUGCGGCUCCACCUCAAAGGCUACUGCUUAGCGGUCUCUCCUUCUCCCAGCUGCAGCCUGGAUGAACUCAACCGCGUGAAUGAGGAAAUUGAACGCUUUGACAUCAGCGAUAAUGCAGACAGACUGGAAGAAAUGGAAGGGUUUGACAUGGAGAGCAUGGUAGAGAACCAGAUCUUUGGCCUGCUCUGGCAGGAGAUGGAUUUUAAGGCGUCUUAUCACAAAGGAAGCACUGGAGGAGACCUGCACCCCCCACCACCUGCAUUAUCUAUAUAUCGUCUGAACGAGCAUGGCAGUGAGGACUCUGUCAUCAAGGUUCAUUGCAGCAGCCCUAUCCAGCUCCUACCUGUCAAGGUUAAAAAGGAGACAGAGGAGGCCAUGGAAACCUAGCCAACUAGAGGAUUGCUGACCAUUUACCUGACUAGCUCUCUUGGCCAGGUUAUGGACAGCCACAAGUAUACAUAAUUCUUCUCAAAGAAUCAGGCUGUGGCCUUUACGUUCAGGGACUUGAGUACUCAGGGCUAACAGACAUCGUUCCAGUCCAUCAGUGGUCCAGUAUGUCCUACACAAAUUAAAAAGACAAUCAUAUUAUUUUAUUAAUAUUU